AUGUCCCGCGAGGAUGUCUCGGGCUGCUUCUCAGGUCGUCACCUGGUUAUCAUUGGAGACUCGACUAUGCGCCAGCUCUACUUCGCUGCCAUGACACGACUUGACCAUCAUGUCGCCGAGAAAGCCAUUCUUGACUUCGCCGUGUCCGAAGACAAGCAUCAAAACCUCACAAUGGAUGUCGAAGGCGUCAGACUGGAGUUUCUUUGGGACCCUUGGCUCAACUCCACGAGUCUCCACACCCAAUUGGCUCGAUUCCGGGACCGUCCCGGAUCCGCCGACUAUGAGAAACUUGUUCUACAAGAAGGAAGAGAGUCGCCUGCGCUCAUCAUUCUUGGCACUCCAGGUCUAUGGGCGGCCCGUCAGGGCGGUGAUCGGUACUUGGAGCUCUUCAAAGAAGGCAUCAACGUCCUUAUGCCGUACCUGCACAAGAGUAUUGACGACUUAAUGGUGUACCCCAAGAGCAACUCACAGUCGGCCUUUGCAGAGCUUUCCAAUCACGUCCUUAUGGCACCCGUGCCUGUCCCAGCCUACGAUAUGCUUACCACGUCUCGCGCGCGUGCCAUCACUCCUAAGAGGAUUGACGCCAUGAACUGGAACCUGGAGCACCUGGAGCUGAAUGAGCAAUCGCAUAUCGCAUGGGCCUACAAUAGCAUGACCGAGGGACACGACGACGCUAUGCUUGAGGAUGGUAUCCACUCGGUUGACAUUGUGGCAGAGAGAAAACUGGAUGUCGUUCUCAAUGCCCACUGCAAUGCCGGUCUGGUUGGACGAGGAUACGCCAACCAGGUCACCUGCUGUGUCCCAUAUCCUCCUCUUCGUCGGGUUCAGCUUUUGCUGCUUGGCCUUAAUGUAUUGACGAUGCCAUUUUUGUUUUUGAGUCGGCAGCAGGAUGCUUUCCCGUCGGCCCGAACGUCCCGCUUCUUGGAUACUCUUUGGGCGUUGGCCACCGUACUGGUCGUUGCGGUAUAUUGCCUUAUCGCCGACCGGACUCACAUCUUCGCGAAGCAGGACAAGCAUUUUGACAUACCCGACUUUAUGUCACCUUUGGUUGGCCUAGCUAUUUUCGCAGCUCUGUCAAUUCGUUUCAAAGCACCUGUUUUGUCGUCAGCGAAAGGGCUCACUACGACGUCCUUUCUGUCACGGGAUCAAACAGACGAGUGGAGAGGCUGGAUGCUGGUCUUCGUUCUACUAUACAAGUACCACAUGGCAUCCGAGUCCUUGGCGAUGUAUAAGGUACACAAGUUCCUCAUGGCGACGUUCGUCUUUUUGUUCAGCUACGGUCACACGAUGUACUUCCUCCGCACCGAAGACUUUUCGUUACGCAGGGUCGCUCAUCUAUGCAACGCUGGCUUGCUUUAA